AUGCCUGUAUUCACAGUUGAAGAACUCCAAGCUGCCGUUGAUAAUGGUACGCUUGGAACUUUCAUCACUGAUAACAACGACACCUUUCAGCAAGGCUUACGUGACCUGCUCUCGCUCUAUAANCAAGCUGCCGUUGAUAAUGGUACGCUUGGAACUUUCAUCACUGAUAACAACGACACCUUUCAGCAAGGCUUACGUGACCUCCUCUCGCUCUAUAAUCAAACCACCAUCGACAAGAACACUGCAGAACAAGCACAGCACAUCGCUGAGCAAGCUCAACAAGCCACUGAAGCAGAUGCU